AUGUCGCUUGGUCCCGUGGUUGCAGCUGUCCCGCAGAGCUGUGGGGAGAGCCUGUGUGUGUUUGGGACGGGGGACAUGGGCCGCUCCCUGGGUCAGCGGCUGCUCCAGUCCGGAUACAGUGUGGUGUUUGGCAGCCGCAGACCGGACAGCUGUGUCCCCGUGCCCCGGGGCGCUCAGGUGAUGAGCCAUGCUGCAGCCGCCCAGUCCGCCCGCAUCAUCUUCAUCUGUAUUCACCGAGAACACUACGGCUUCCUGCAAACCAUCGCACCUCAGCUCAAGGGGAAGGUCCUGGUGGAUGUGAGCAACAACCUGGAGAAGGACAUGUUCCCAGAGGCCAAUGCGUCUCAUCUGCAGAGGCUGGUUCCCGAAGCCACCGUGGUGAAAGCCUUGAACACGCUGUCGGCCUGGGCCCUGCAGAAUGGGCCCUCGGACUCAAACAGACAGACGUUCGUGUGUGGGGACAGUGCUGAGGCGAAGCAGGCCGUGUCAGAGGUCUGCACCCGUCUGGGCCUGCUGGUGCUGGACAGGGGCUCUCUGGGGGCGUCCCGGGAGCUGGAGGACUUCCCCCUGCAGCUCUUCCCACAAUGGAGGCUGCCUCUGGGCAUCGCACUGGGCCUCACCGCAGCCUUCUUCUUCUACCUGCUCAUCAGGGACGUUAUCUACGCCUACGUGGUGGAUGGGAAAGACAUCUCCUUCAGGAUUAUGGUCUCACUGGCAAAUAAGGUCUUUCCCAUCGUGUCGCUCGUCAUGCUGGCUUUGUGUUAUCUUCCUGGUGUGAUGGCCGCUCUGCUCCAGCUGCACAGAGGGACCAAGUACAGGCCCUUCCCCGACUGGCUGGACCGCUGGAUGCUGUGCAGGAAGCAGAUGGGACUGGUGGCUCUGGCGCUGGCCUCUCUGCACGUGCUCUACACUCUCAUCAUUCCCAUACGAUAUUAUGUGAGGUACAGAAUCGCUGCGAGCACUAUAUCACAGGUGUUGAAAAACCAGACGACAGAGUUCUCGCAGACCUCAGCGUGGCGCACAGACUCCUACUAUUCCAUGGGGAUCCUGGGCUUUGGCUUGUUCGUGCUUCUGGGCAUCAGCUCCCUGCCGUCUGUGAGCAACAGUCUGAGCUGGAGAGAGUUCAGCUUCAUCCAGUCCAAGCUGGGCUACCUGACCCUGUUCCUCUGCACGCUCCACGCCUACUUAUACGGAUGGGACAAGUUUCUGCGACCCACGUCUUACAAAUGGUACAUGGCUCCGGGUUACCUGCUGUCUCUGGUGCUGCCUUCAGUCGUGCUCGUGCUGAAGCUGCUGCUGCUGCUCCCGUGUGUGGACCGCAGCUUGACACGCAUCCGGAGGGGCUGGGAGCGCGGGACCACCCAGGACUCCUCCACACACAGGCUGCUCAUUUAG